ACACUCCACAGUGCAUCCCUCAGUUGGUCUCGAGCAGUCAGAGGAGGAGGUCACGUGCCGCUUCUCCUCCUCCUCGUUCUCAGUGGCGGUGCUUUAAAAUUUAAAUACCCAUUAAAUCCCCGGCGAUAUUUCCAUCUCCUUGACCGUCUGGAGAUACGUACACGCCCCUGGACUGUGUGUGUACGUCCCUGCACGCACAUGGACAUGGACACAGAGAGAUAGAGGAAAAAAGAAAGUUAUUUUUGAAAAUCUUGAAAAUCGUGGGAAGGUGGAAAGAUUUUUGAGUCUCGAAGUGACGAACGGAGUGAAAUACCUGCUGGAAGAGAGAGAGAGAGAGAGAGAGAGAGAGAGAGAGAGAGAGAGAGAGAGAGAGAGAGAGAUGGAUGCUUUUAAAAUUCAUCUAUUGCACUUUUUCAUUGAUUUAAAAGAAUAAUAAUAGUGAAAAAAAAAGUUGGUGUGUCUCUCUUCCUCUUAUUUUCACUCUCUUUCUCUUGACGCCUCUCACUCUCUCUCUCACUCUCUCUCUCCACCUCCACCACCGCCACCACCAUGACGGACGGAGACGAUCUAACCAAACAAGUGGAUCAGGUUUAUAAAAACCUGCUUGACAAGUUCAACCCCGCAGCGAGGAACCUCAUCACUGCAGGAAAGGCGUAUUUGAAGGCGCUGCAUGGUGCAAUGUCAGCCUCCAAAAUUUACCUGGAGGCGCUGACGAAGGUGGCGCGGCACUCCCAGCAGGGCACAUGGGGCGGCUCCUCGGACGUGGGAAUGUGUCUGAUGCAAAUGGUUGAUGUUUACAAGGAGGUGCAGGCACAGCAGAUGAACAUUCUCAAGGCUUUCUACGUCGAUCUGCUGGUUCCCUUAGAGACCAACCUGGACAAAGACACCAAAGUCCUGCAGGCUGAGCAGAAGAAAUUCCUUGCAACACACAAACAAAAGCUGGAUUCUUACACCAAAGCUUCGUCGCAACUCAAGAAACACAAGAAGAAGAACAGAGCGAACAAGGGAGCAAUGGACAAGGAAAUAAAGCAAUACCAAGCAGUUGAAGAGGAAAGAAUGAAACUAGAAGGAUUUGUUGAGUCAAGUCUGCAAAAUGCCGUGACACAAGAGAGACGAAGAUAUGGAUUCAUUUUAGAGCGCCAGUGUUCCCUCGCCAAACAUUAUCUUGCCUACCACUCCAGGGGCGCCUCUCUCCUGCAACACGCCCACGAGAACUGGCAGGAGGUGGCCAAGACCCGUGAGGCCCUCCCUGACAGACUCCUCGCCAUGCUGCCCUCCGCCAGACCCAGGGACGAGGGGAUCUAUUCCACGCCCCUGUGCCUGGAGGAAGACGCGAUGUCCAUUAGUUCACAAGUUCGCAAGGCACGGUCAAUGGAUGCCUCCUGUCUCGACCUGAGCGCGGCAGGGGAGAGGAGCCGCCCAGCAGACCACUGCUACGGUGCUGCGGCCGGUCCAUGGCCAUCCCUGAGGACUCUGGGAGGAAGGGCCAUGGCCAGGGCGCUGUAUCCUUACCUGCCCAGCGGAGACAAUCAGCUCUCCUUCAAUGAAAUGGAUCUUAUUGCACUGAUUGGUGAGAAAAACAAAGGUUGGCAGUAUGGGGAGAACCUUCGCUCGCAGAGGUGUGGUUGGUUCCCCGUAGCGUACACCGAGCUGCUGCAUGAGGAAGAUGACUCAGCGCUUGGGGGCACAGGAAACGCAGGUAACAGUGCAGGUGUUUAUUCACAGAAGUUCCGAGCCACAAGUCCCCCCUCCGCCGCCCAUGCCCGUGCCUCCGCCUCUUCUACCACGGCCCUUCCAGUCCCAAAUGAGUCCAAUACGUGUGCUGCCCCCUCAUCCAAACCACAUGUGACUCCCUCCCCCUCCCUAGACACCCUGCACUCCUCCACCUCCACCUCCACCACGGCCUCGUCCACCAACACCGUCCUGUACAACCACUACCACAUCCACCACCCGCCUCACCCACCUCGCGUCCCUGCACCCACUCUGAAGAAGUCACCCAGUUUGCACAGCCACAGUCACUCCAGCAUUCCACCUCACUCCACCUCCUCCGGGUUGACGAGGUCCUAUACCACUGUGGCGUCCUCCUCCACUUCCUCCACCGCCUCCUCCUCGCAUGCCUCCACUCGCUUCCACAAGAGGGGGAGUGGAAAUGCCUCCUUCCACUCCAGUGAUGAUAGUGGAUUUAGUAAUGAAAGUGGAGUGGGUAGUCAUCGCCCUCCACCCAAUCCUGAGGUGGAUUAUUCUGAUGAUGACAAUUCCAGUGGGACGGAGCAAGAUCACUGUAGGAACACACUAAGCUCCCGCUGGCUUUGGUCUGCCUCCUCUCUGAACUGCGACAGCAUGACAGGAGGCACGGAGAGCAGGGAGGGCACGUGCUUUACCCCCUGCACGUCCACCACCUACACCAGCAGCAGCAGAAGCACGGAUAACGUGACUCUACCUUCAGGGAAAAGCAAGGACAGACGCAGACACCCUUCCCUUCCAUCCCUCGCGUCCUUCUCCGAUCACUUCGUCACCGUGGCGCGCAGGAAGACCAAACCCAAGUCCCCGUGUGCCCAGAAGAUCCUGGCGCAGAGGGAACGAGGCAGGAGGACCCUCAGAAGGAGCUCCUCCCUGCUGUGCCUCGGCAUGGAGUCUUGCGUGGGUCUGGACGAGUUGCUGGCCGCUGACUACGAGGACAUGCCAAGUAGGGACUGGAAGCACACGUCCAAAAUUGACCUUCUGAUUGGAAUACCUGAGCCGCCGCCUUAUGAUCCACCACCACCGCCCACUCCACCUCCCAACCCAUCCACCAGUUCCCAGUCCACGCCCUCGCACACGCCACGCCCACCCAUGCCUCUGCCCAAGGCCCAGGACACGCCAGCCUCCUCCGUGCAUCCCAAAUCAUCGUACAGUGAAGUCUCGCAGAAAUCCUCGAGUGGGAACAGCACGGGGAGCGAGGAGGAGGAGGAGGUGUACAUGGUAGUGAGGGACCACCGGAGAGAAAUGACAAAGACGAUCACACGUGCGCACACCAGGAAACAAGUGUGUAGGUCUCUCACAUGGGCCUCCCCGACUCCCCGCUCCAGCUCCUCGCCUCCUGCAGCAUCCCGCACCCACGUCAGGACCUCGGGCAGCAAGGAGAGGCUCCCUAAAGAUGCCAGCACGCCACAGAGACAUGGCAACGCCGCCAGACACCAACCAACGCGCGCCGCAACAGUCCGCCUUCAAAACAGACCCCGCCAAAUUGAACGGCGCGUGACUUACGUGGACACUCCGCCCCCCUCUCUUAGAAAGAAGGCCCCACGCCCCCCGCAGCCCAUCCCAGUGUCCAUGCCCACCCAGCAGUCUUACAAUGGCCACCUCAACAUCCUCAACUACAGUGACUUCAUGAACAGACGCCUCAAGUUUCCUGAAGGCGCCUCGCGUCUCGACCGCCACUCCCUCACCACCGGCCAGCUCUGUGGGCCGUGGUACGACCUCUGGGGGGACGAUCCUUCCUGUGACGUCUGAAGGAGGCGCUGAAGGACACGAUAUCGAAGAGUAAGGAUUUCUGCGACCUUUUUUCUUCGUGGUGUUGAAGGAUACAAGGACCUCAAUAGGAAUCCUGACCUGUGAUGACCUGUCCCAUGAUGUCUGAAACAGGCACCGAAGGAUAUGUCACAGAUAGGAUCUCUAGGACCUUUUUUUCUGACGUGUUGAAGGAUAGAAGGACUCUAUUAGGAAUCCUGACUGACCAUUGGUGUCUGAAGGAGGCCUCGGACAAGAUCCCUAGGACUUUUCCCGCAUAGAGGAGGCGGUGAAGGAUACGAGAAGAUAAAAUGAGAACCCUGAGAUCCUGUAAUGCCUGAAGGAUGCCUGAAGGAUACAAGGAACCCAUAUUAUUAUUAUUAUUAUUAUUAUUAUUAUUAUUAUUAUUAUUAUUAUUAUUAUUAUUAUUAUUUUUGUUUUGCAUGCUGUGUGUUGCAAGUCCCGUGUGUUUGAGUGUGUGUGUGUGUGUGUGUGUGUGUCUGUGUGUCUGUGUGUGUGUACGUUUACUGUGCCUUCAUGUGGGUUUUCAUGUAUUAUGUAUGUAUGUAUGUACGCUUUUUUAUACGUACACUGCUUGCUUUGAUGUUGUGUGUGUAUUGUUUGCACGUACAUGAGAGAGAGAGAGAGAGAGAGAGAGAGAGAGAGAGAGAGAGAGAGAGGAAUGAAAUAAUAUUCUUCUCUUAACUUUGUCUUAAGAUGACAGGAAGGAAGGAAGAGCAGAAGAGGAGGAGGAGGAGGAGGAAGAAGAGCUGAAGUUCUGAUCUUCCUUAAAUAAGUAACUAUCUCGAUACACUUAAAUCUACUUACCUACUUUACUUAUCAAUUACUUAACUUCAUUACCCAACUCGAGAUAGUAAGGGGUAAAUACUCGUUUUCUUUCGUUUUCUUACUUUUCAGUGACUUUUCAAUCUUUUUCGUGUUUUUUUUUUUUACUGACAGACAGCCAAUGCCUUCUAAAAAUAUUCUUUAAAAUGGUACUUGGGCUGUGUUUGUGCGUGCGUGUGUGCGUCGUGUGUUUGUGUGUGUGUGUGUGUGUGUGUGUGUGUGUGUGUGUGUGUGUGUGUGUGUUCCUAAUUUCCUUGUAUUGCAGGCUACCCACAACAACAACAACUACUACCACCACUACCACCACCACCACAACCACCACCACACCCCCUUCCACCACACCCAAAUCCACCACCACCACCACCACUCCUUCCACCUCCUCCAAACCCAUCCCUUCCACCUCCUCCUCC